CUGUCAUUUCCCGCUACCAAAACCCUCGUUCACCGGAACUUCUAAACCCUAACUAUUCACCAACCGUCACUCCUCACCGGCGACCGUCGUAAUCGAACUCACUCAACCGUUUUCCGCACACACCGUCGUGUUCUGCCGUAGUAUUCCGUACCGUAUGUUGAUUUCAACACCGUCGCGAAGCUAUAAUUAACCAGAAAAGCCGUAAAUCGAACAGAAGGUUCUCAAAAUGAGUACGGUAGACAAGAUGUUAAUCAAAGGUAUCCGGAGCUUUGAUCCGGAGAACCGUCACGUCAUCACGUUCUACAAGCCGUUAACGCUCAUCGUCGGUGCUAACGGUGCCGGAAAAACUACUAUUAUUGAGUGUUUGAAGCUCUCAUGUACCGGUGAAUUGCCACCAAAUGCUAGGUCUGGUCAGAGUUUUAUCCAUGAUCCCAAGGUUGCAGGGGAAACAGAAACAAAGGCUCAGAUAAAGCUGCGGUUCAAGACAGCAGCGGGUAAAGAUGUGGUGUGUAUAAGAUCAUUUCAGUUGACUCAGAAGGCUUCUAAGAUGGAGUACAAGGCAAUUGAGAGUGUGUUGCAGACUAUAAAUCCUCACACUGGAGAGAAAGUGUGCCUUAGCUAUCGGUGUGCUGACAUGGACCGUGAGAUUCCUGCUCUUAUGGGUGUCUCUAAAGCGAUUCUUGAAAAUGUUAUAUUUGUACACCAAGAUGAGGCCAAUUGGCCUCUGCAAGAUUCUUCAACUUUGAAAAAGAAGUUCGAUGACAUUUUCUCAGCUACAAAAUAUACAAAGGCCUUGGAGGUUAUCAAAAAGCUUCACAAGGAUCAGGCUCAGGAAAUUAAACUUUCUCAAAAGGAUUUAGAGAAGCUUCAGCUCUUGAAAGAUUCUGCAUACAAGCUUCGACAAAGUAUCACUCAAGAUCAAGAAGAAUCAGAAAGAUUAGGCAGUAAAAUACAGGAUUUAGAACAAAUUAUUCAAAAUGUGGAUUCUAAAAUUCGUCAAACUGAAGCUACACUGAAGGAAUUCCGUAAUCUUCAAGAUCAGGUUACCACCAAGAUAGCUGAAAGAAGCACUUUAUUCAAGGAGCAAGAACAGCGUCAUAUGGAUUUACAAGAAGAAAAUACUGAUACCGAUGAAGAAUUAAGGGAAUGGAAUAAGAAGUUCAAUGAAAGGAUAGCGGUUCAGGAAGAUAAACUCAACAAAUUAAAUAGAGAGAUUGAGGACAUGGAGACGAAAAGCUCCAACUCUCAGCAACAAAUCAAUAAUUACAUUAAAAACGUCACCAAGCUUCAGACUGAACUUGAAAUUUGUACAAAGUUGAAGGAGGAGAGAGACUCGACAAUACAGGAGCUUUACAAGCAACACAACUUGGGGUGUCUUCUGAAAACUCCUUUUAGCAAUGAAAUGGCUUCAAAUUAUACAAGUCGUAUAAAGGCAAGACUGAAAGAUAUUGAACGUGAUCUAGAGGAGAAAAAAAGAUCCAUGGAUGAAGAGCUUCAGGUAGCAUGGGAUCUCUACAGUGAUUCAAGCAAACGAUGCGAAGAAGCUAAGGCUGAUAAGGAUUCUAAAUUAAAAUUGAAGCCUGGCAUAAUACAACGGAAAAAAGAAAAAGAAACCGAGCGUGAUAAUUUGGAGCUCGAAGUUUCUAGUUAUAAUGCACAUCAGAUUGAUGAGAAAGAAAAGAAGUUGGUUAUUGAGCAAAAUAGAUUGAGUACGCUUCUUGUCCAAGGAGAAUUUGAUGAUAAAAUACAGGCAAAGUCGAUAGAAGUACAAGUUCUUGGAAAGAAAAUCAAAGAUCUUGGUCAUGAGAGAGACGUCAUAAAUGCAGACGCCAACGAGAGGAUUAAACUGUCUUUAAAGAAAGAGGAUCUAGAAAAUCUCAAGAAAAAACACAAAAAAAUAAUGGAUGAACAUAAGAACAAAAUAAGGGGAGUCCUGAAAGGGAGGCUGCCUCUAGACAAAGAUCUGAAGAAAGAAGUCAUGCAAGCUCUAAGUGCGAUUACAACCGAGUAUGAUGAUUUGAACUCAAAGUCUCGUGAAGCUGACAAAGAUUUCAAUGCAGUGCAACUAAAAAUACAAGAAGUUAACAAUAAUUUGGCCAAAUUACACAAGGAUAAAGACUCUAGGAAGAGAGUUAUUGAGUCAAAGCUUCAAACUCUGGAUCGGCAGUCUGCCAGCAUUGACUUUUAUACCAAAGUCUUGGAUGUGGCUAAAGAAAAAAGAGAUGUUCACAAAAGCAAGUACAACAUUGCUGAUGGUAUGCGACAAAUGUUUGAUCCUUUUGAAAGAGUUGCUCGUGCACAUCAUAUAUGCCCUUGUUGUGAACGCCCUUUUUCUGCUGAAGAAGAAGAUGAAUUUGUUAAAAAGCAAAGAGUCAAGUCUGCGACUUCUGCUGAGCGUAUGAAAUCAUUGGCGGUGGAAUCUUCAGAAGCAGAAUCCAACUAUCAACAGCUGGAAAAACUUCGUCUAUUGUAUGAAGAAUACAACAAAAUUUGCAAAGAAUCUAUUCCCAUUGCAGAGAAGAACUUGAUUGACUUAAAAGACGAGUUGGAACAAAAAUCUCAAGCCCUUGAUGAUGUAUUGGGUGUUUUAGCUCAAAUAAGUUCGGAUAAGGACGCAGUUGAAUCGUUAAAGCAACCUGUAGACACUUGUGACAGACUUCUUGGUGAAAUAGAAAGGCUGCAGAAAUCAGUUGAUGAUUUCGAGGAUAAACUUGAAAUCAGCGGGGUCGGCGCCAAGUCUUUGGAAGAAUUGCAGCUUGAGCUUAAUACCGCACAAAAUGCCAAGGAAGAUUUGGAAAGGGAAUUGGGAAAAUUGAGUGAUGAAAGAAGGCAACUGGAACAUGAUUUACAAAGGGUUAAUAACAGAUUGCAUGAGGAGAGAGCAGAGAAGGUGAAAGUAGUGAAUGCUUUGAGUAAUCUUGACAAGGUCGAAAACGAGCUUGAACGAAUAAAUGAGGAGAUAAAUCAAGUGGACAUUGACAUCAAGCAAUUAGAAGAAGCCGUGGGUCCUUUAUCCAAGGAGGUGGAGAAAUAUAGAGUCGCUCAUCAAACCAUGAAAAACAAAAUCGGCGAAGAAUACGAGGAGCAAUCCGAGUUGAAGAGAAAGUAUCUUCAGGGUGUUGACACACUUGAUAAAUUGAUCACUAAAAUUGAAAGGUAUGAAAGAGAGAAUAUUCCCGAGAAACUAAACGAUCUGAAAGAAAAACAAGCUCUAGAACAAGUUAAGCUUCGAAAUUACAAUAAUAAAAAACAGGAACUCUCAGCUGUUAAAAAUGAAAUUGCGGAUCGGGUGCGCAAUCAAGAUUUGUUAAGACGUAAUAUUGAUGAUAAUUUGAAAUAUCGGGAAGUAAAAGCGAAUGUAGAGGCUUGCACUCGUGAUAUUGAAUCUCUGGAACAAAGAAUGGUUGACAUGGGUGGCAGUUCUGCUGCUGAAUCUGAACUUGCAAAACUUAGGAAAGAAAAAGAGAGACUUCUUUCGGAGCUAAACAAGUACCAAGGCACUGUAGAUGUAUAUCAGAAGGCUAUAUCAAAGAACAAAAUUGAUCUUAGAAAUCCUGAAUAUAAAGACAUUGACAAACGAUAUUUCGACCAGCUACUUAAACUCAAGACCACUGAGAUGGCCAACAAGGAUCUGAAUAAAUAUUACAACGCACUUGACAAGGCACUCAUGAGGUUUCACAGUAUGAAAAUGGAAGAAAUAAAUAAAAUAAUAAGAGAAUUAUGGCAGCAAACGUAUAGAGGGCAGGAUAUAGAUUACAUCAGCAUUCAUUCAGAUGCUGACGGUGGUGGUACACGUUCUUACAGCUACAAGGUCGUUAUGCAAACCGGUGAUGCUGAGCUGGAAAUGCGUGGAAGGUGCAGUGCUGGUCAGAAGGUACUUGCUUCCCUUAUAAUACGGUUGGCUUUAGCUGAAACUUUUUGUCUCAACUGUGGAAUACUUGCACUUGAUGAACCAACCACCAACCUAGAUGUCCCAAAUGCUGAAAGUCUUGCUGCAGCUCUUUUAAGAAUAAUGGAGGAUAGAAAAGGACAGGAGAAUUUUCAACUGAUAGUUAUUACUCACGAUGAGCGAUUUGCUCAGCUUAUUGGUCGACGGCAGCACGCAGAAAAGUAUUAUCGUGUCACAAAAGAUGACCACCAGCACAGCAUCAUUGAAGCCCAGGAAAUCUUUGAUUGAAUCACAAGACGGUGUGAUCGGUCUAUAUUUAUGGUCAACUGUGUUGUACUGACUCAGUGUGCAAAGAAGCAAAUCGUGAGUCAAUCUGGUUUGGUUUUCUCAGUGAUCUAUUUGUGCUGUGUUGAUUUUGGGCAUAUGGUUAGGUUUUGAAAAUGAUUUUCUGCCAAACGGAACGUAGAUGUGCAUCUUGGUUGCAUUUGUUAGCUUUAAUGUAGUUUCAUGUUUGAUGCUUUUUGUUGGUAUCUAGGCAUGUGUAAACCGAACCCAACCACUACUAACACUAUUCAUAUGACCACCAUGUUCUAGUU